AUGUCUACACAAGAAGCAAACCCCACCAACGCUACUAGUCAUAACUCAGUUGAAGGGAACUCCGAAGUCAACGCCAGCCAAAACCCUACAAAUGAUAAUCAAUCCGAGAGACAGGUAUUUCCAAUCGAAGACACAUCACCCAUCCUACCUCUCUCACUGGGGCACCCACCAAACUCUCCCAGCAGCAUGCCACCUCCCCUCUACUCCUCAACAGCGGCACACACGACGCCUCUCCCCCAACCCCAAAUCCAAAUCCAAAUCCCUCCCAACCUUGACCUUCCCCUUCCCCCUUCCACCAGCACUACCACCACUACCACAACAACCAACACAUCCGCCCCGCAAUUACCUCUCCCUUCCAUCACCGCCACCAACCCCCCACCAAAUACCACUAACCUCCCCAGCCCCGUCAAAUCAGACCCUGACCCCAUCGCCGUAAUGGCAACAGACAGCAAAACCUCCCUCCCCGCCUUCUCCUACGACGACCUCGAAACCCAGUUCUGGAAAAAGGUGGAGGAGAUGGAGAAGAAAGAGGGGGAAUUGAGACAGGAGUUUGAAGCCUGGGUGGAGAUUUUCAAGGCGUGGGGGACCAGUGGGGCGAGAGUGGAUGGGGAGAGGGGGGCGAAGAGGUGGGUUUUUUUCGUUGCUUUUCUUUUGGUUGUGGAAGGGGGAUUUUUGUGGUUGACGAAGGGAGCGGUGUUAGGGUUGAGGUUGGUGGAAGGGCAGGGAAAAGUGCUAAUCCCUGUGGUGACCGUGCAGGCUCCGAACCCGCACGGCCUUUGUGCAAAAUCGGGAGAGCAAGGUGGAGGAUAG